UUUUCUCCUUGCACCGCAUGCCAGUCGCCAUUUGUAAUUUCUGGCUGGACUGGCCAGGCCGAGAUAUGGCCGCGGGUGGAGUCUGCCCUUGCCUGGGCUUAUAGACUGAUGGACUGUGGCUGGACUGUGUUCCAAUACCUGCAAUUACUUAGACGCACCAUGUCAGCGUUGGGUCAUGCCAUGCAUGUCUUUCCUGUUGACUUUACGUAUCGGUUGUCUUGCAUCUAGCUCUCAUAUAUACUGGCUGCACUACAUAUUGGGUGUCUUGUAUUCGCUGUCUCAUUGGGUUUACUACAUUCGCUGUCUCAUUGGGUUUACUACAUUCGCUGUCUCAUUGGGUUUACUACAUUCGCUCUCUGGGUGUACGACAUCCACAGUCUCAUACUGGUCAUCUCAUAUUGGCUAUCUCACAUUGGAAAACCAUGGCCUGUUGCAUGUGUUGGCUAUAGGUGUAUUUCCUGCUUCAGCGGCACUUUCUUGCUCAGAUUCAAAAGCACAUGCAACCACUACCCCAGUGUGUUUUUCAAACAAGUCUGAAUCAGACUAGACGGUAAUACCCUACUUCGGCAGAGCAUCCCCAGACACCCGCUCCAAAAC